AUGGGACUUUUACGACUUCCAUUACCACUUUUUGUAUUGUUUAAUACGUUUAUAACAACUUUCAUUGGAAUAUUUUUAAUUAUUAAACAUAUAUUUUAUGAAGAAAUAACAACUGCCGAAAUGAAAGUCAUGAGUUCUAAAAUAUUAAAUGAAAUUUGGACAAUCUUAAUUUUUAUAUUAUCUGGUUUAUCAGAUAUUUCUAUAGACUUAUUAGUAAUUAUUAUUCUUUAUAUCUCAAUUAAAGUAAAUAAAAUUUUGAUUGAAACAAGAAUUGAUUUGUAUAAUGAAACCCAAAGUUAUUAUUAUUCAAAGAGAGUUAGUAUGUUUAUAUUAUCAUUAAUUCUAAUUGGUAUAACAACUAUGAUACUUUUACAAUACUCUACAACGGAUUUUGUUUCAUUAAUCUUUUAUUGUUUUUUCAAAAUUCUUUUUUACUCACUUAUUUGUGAUGUUUUACAACAGAUUUUCUGUUUUGUUCAUACUCUCUAUGAAUUCCAGUGGAAAUAUUAUACUUUAACAAGUUUAUCAAUUAAAUCAAUUAAACUCUUAUUGGCAAGUUUUGAAUUCUUUAUUCUCUUCAAAUCGUUACUUCCAAAUGUGUUUGUUGGAUUAUUAAUAUUUUCCAUUAUGCACGUUUGGGAGUCAAUUAGUUCUUUGGAACAAUUAAUGACAUACAUUUAUUAUUCCUAUUUAUUAGACCAUUUAUCAUUAGUUCAUUAUGAUGCAAAAGAAGAACAUGAGUGUGUAAUUUGUAGGGAUGUUCUUACUGAAGCAGCGCACCUUCGCUGUGGACAUGAUUUUCAUGUUAGUUGUUUAAAAGGAUGGUUGGCAAGAGCAUCUGAUUGUCCAAUAUGUAGAAAUCCUAUUAAUCUUAAGGAGAAUAACGAAGAAGAAGUUGAAAUUAAUCCAACAUGGAAUGUACAUGAAAUAUAA